AAGCAGAAUGAAUAGUAUAACAUUUGGUUUCAUUUUGCUCAUUGUAACAUUUGCGGCACAUGCUGCCAAAUUACCAAGUUUCAUAACGAAAUGCGACAAAAAUAGUCCAAGUUUUGGUAAAUGUGCCGUGGAUUUGGCUCAUGCUAUCAUUCCCACAUUGCAGAAUGGUUAUAAAGAGUUAAAUUUUCCACCUUUCGCACCUUUCCACGUUCAAGAAAUUGAAAUCGAAGCAACCGAUUCGUUAAAUAUAAAGCUUACAGAUUUGGACAUUUUUGGACUGGAGAAAGCAAAGUUCAACUUGAUUGAUUGCAACUUUGACACACUGGAAUGCUUGAUAAAAAUCAAUUUUCCGGAGCUGAUAGUAAAAGGCACAUAUGACAUUGAUGGUAGAGUAAUGAUAUUGCCAAUUAAAGGACAUGGCCCAACAAGCAUUAAACUGGUUGGUGCUAAUUUUGUUCUUUCAAUGAAAUGGUCUUUAAUAAAAAAAGGGGGCGUAGAUAAUUCUCCUAUUAUUGAUAAAUUUGAGUUGCACUAUCAAACUGAAAGAAGCUUUUAUCACUUUGACAAUUUAUUCAAUGGUGAUAAAGUGUUGG